UCCUACGCAUUUUUUCUUGUCUCGUUCGACGGUAGGCACUCUCUGCGACUGUAUUGAUCGCUUUCAGGCCCAAAGAGGACCGGUUCGAAUUCGUUGAGAAGUUCGUGCCGCUUUUCACAAUUCUUCCGACGCGCUCAUGAUGGCACCAAGCAUCAACGGCACGAAGCCCGUCAUAUCGAGCACCCGCUUUGUAGCAACUAUAUUCCAGAAGAGCACGGGAAAUGACGCUCCAGAGCUGUCAGACACAUGCCUUGCGGCUACAAGAAGUUUUCUAAGGAGUCUGUUCCCAAAAGCCUCAACUUCGUUUCGAUCUUUGGCAGAUCACGUGUCUGAAGCCACAGUAUUGGUCGCAUCGCCGCUGGACUUGGUAGCGCUUCGACAGGACAAUGCCCAGGCGAUUCUGGAUUUUGAACGAGAAUGGAAUGUGGAGCUUGUGUUCCAGAAGGAGGGCGCGUUCAGAAAGCACAAGAGACUCGCCGUGUUCGACAUGGACUCGACGCUGAUUCAACAGGAAGUCAUUGACGAGAUUGCGCGCAAGAUCGGCGUUGAAGAACAAGUCUCGGCUAUCACGGCGAGAGCCAUGAAUGGAGAGUUGGACUUCACAGCGUCACUCAAGGAACGUGUGGCGCUUUUGAAAGGAGUACCUGCCACGGUGUUUGUAGAGCUGAGGGACGUGAUCACUUUGACUCCCGGCGCCAAGGAUCUCAUCAAAGCGCUUAAGAGGCUAGGAUAUAAGACAGCAGUAUUAAGCGGCGGCUUCACGCCACUUACAGGCUGGCUCGCUCAGCAGCUUGGCCUUGACUACAGCUACGCCAACCACCUUGUCGUCUCGGAUGACGGCGCAAGGCUCACGGGUGAAGUCACUGGCGAAAUCGUCAACGCGGAGAAGAAAAGAGAGCAUGUGCUUGCUAUUGCAGAGAAAGAAGGCAUCCUUCUAGAGCAAUCACUCGUGGUGGGUGAUGGAGCUAACGACCUUCCAAUGAUGGGCGUUGCCGGCCUUGGCGUAGCAUUCAAUGCGAAGUCCAAAGUUCAGCUUGCGGCACCAGCAAGACUGAACUCGGGCAGCUUGAUGGACGUAUUGUAUCUGCUAGGUUUUACACGAGAAGAGCAGGAACAGUUGAUCUCUGAGUCGUGAGGAAGCGGACUUGGUAAACAUGAAGUCCAACAAAAAGAGUAGGAGUUUUCUUAAGAAUAAUGUGAUGGUAGGAUCACAGGGAUAAAUGAUCGUUCCACAAGUCUCGGUUGAGCGUUACUCGGCGGAUCUACCGAUUUAACAUCGACAUCCGCAGCUGCAUAUUAGGCCACGCCAUUGACUACAAAUUAUAGAACGAAGUGUAAAACCUUAUAGAUUAUAGAAAUAGCUCUGAAUGCUGUAGACUUAGGCGUGGAAUAAAGUCGCUGUUAUGCCAGUGUUGAUGAAUACAAAAGGCAUGAUGUAACCAA